AUGAUGACCGAGGCCGAGCGCACCCGGCUGACCAAGUCGCCGUCGCAGCUGCUGCUCGUGCCCCGCCACGAGCGGGCCAAGCCAAUCUUCUACGGCGUCGAGUGCUUCUCGCCGACGCUCAUCGACUUUUACUCGGUCGGCGACGACACGCGCCUCCUCUGGAGCUCGCGCGUCCAUCGCAAGACGUUUCGCACGCUGCACAUGGCGCUGGACCCGACUGCGCCGCGCCACUGGCUGCUUCACUCGUGGAGCUUCUGGUCGGCGCUCCUCUCGGUGCUGGGUGCGGCGCUUUUCUUGUACGCAAGCGCCAACGAGGCGGCGUACCAUCCGCAUGCGACGACUCAAACCAACUCGAACUUGACGCAGCCGGACUUUCCGCUCUCGCUCGUCCGCGAGACGAUCGAUUUGCCACUCUUGUUGGGCGCGGCGAGCUUCUUUGCGUCGUACCUUCUUACGUUCCUCGAGGUCAUCAACUGCUGCCACGACCUCGACCUUUGGCUCUACGACUAUAUCCACGGCCUCCCGUCGCGCCGCAAGAAGAAGUGGUUUGGGUACUACCCGUAUCGCAUCGACUAUUGGAGCGCCGUGCUCGGCAUUCUGGGCUGGGCCUUUCUUCUGCAAGCGCGCGGCUUUGUCUGCCGGCACGAACUCAACGUGUUUGGCGUCGUGAACCUCACGCGCGGGAACCCCCGCAUCUUUUGGGGGUUCUGGGUCCCGAGUCUCGUCGGCUACUUUAGCCUCUUUAUGAGUGCUUACCUCAUGCACGUCGAGGUCAUUCACCGCUGGUUUGUCAUUCGACUCGGACUCCUCGACUUUUGGGUCACCGGGCUCGGCUGGCUUGGCAUUCUGCUCCUAUUCACGUGCUCGUUUACGCAAUUCAUUGACCCGCUCAACCUCUUUGUCGCGGAUGCAACCUCGAUGCGGGCGUUCCAAGCCGGCGCGUGGGCCCUUUUUGCGUCCGGCGUCCUCAGCCUCUUUGAAGUCAACACUCUGCACUCGCCGCUGCGCCACCCUGCGUACGGCAAGCUGCGCCGUGCGAACUCCAUGGGUCGCUACGGCGCGGUAUAA